GAUACGCUAGCUCCGUUUACCUAUCGUGUAACUGACAGAAAGCCUAGCCUGGAGUUCCUCAGCGCUGAUGGUGAAUAGCCACUGCUGCGGUAACGGGCGGAGGAGAAGAAGCCGCAGAAGGAGUCAGCAGUGGCAGAGGAGUAAUAGUACGCAGAUAGUCUUAUUAAAUUAACAGUAUUAUUGUAUCGUCGGAUCAUUACAAACGCCAGAAAGGAAGGGAAGGGAAAAUAAGGAAAGAUGGCGGCCGCGGCCUCGCCGGGCUCCGGCUCGUCCACCUCUUCAGACUGGAUUGUACUGAGAGACGGUUGCCUGCGUUGCGACGAGGAGGGCCUGCGAAGCCUUUCCUACCACCCGGCCCUCAACGCUAUCCUGGCCGUCACCAGCCGCGGCAGCAUUAAAGUCAUAGACGGCACUUCGGGGGCCAUUCUCCAGGCUUCAGCGUUGCACGCUAAACCUGGCGGCCGUGUCAGGUGUCAGUACUUUCCCGCAGUGGACAAGGUGCUUUUUGUGGACGACUAUGCAGUGGGAUGCAGGAAGGACCUGAAUGGCAUCCUGCUCCUGGACACAGCUCUGCAGCCUCCUGUGGCAAAGCCGGAGGACAUGGUCCAGCUGGAGCUGCCGGUCACAGAGGCCCAGCAGAUGCUGUCAGCCUGUCAGGAAAAGAUUGACGUGUCUAACACAGAGGGCUAUGAACUCUUUAUCACCCUGCUCAAAGAAGGCCUGAAGAAUACCUCACACGAGACGGCAGCCAAUCACAAAGUGGCCAAGUGGGCGACAGUGACCCUCCAGCUUCCCCACCACGUGCUGAAGCUGGUGGCCAGUGCCAUUGUCAAUGAGCUCAAGAAGAUAAACCAGAACGUAGCUGCCUUGUCUGUGGCCUCAUCCAUCAUGGACAGGCUCUCCUACCUCUUAUCAAGCGCCAGGCCUGAGCUUGGUGUGGGCCCCGGGCGCUCUGUAGAUAGGUCUUUGAUGUACAGUGAGGCCAACAGGAGGGAGACUUUUACAUCGUGGCCCCAUGCUGGGUACAGGUGGGCUCAGCCUGAUCCAAUGGCACAAGCAGGGUUUUACCACCAGCCUGCCUCAACAGGAGAUGACAGAGCCAUGUGUUUCACCUGCAGUGUGUGUCUGGUCUGUUGGGAACCUACAGAUGAGCCCUGGUCUGAACACGAGCGACAUUCUCCCAAUUGUCCCUUUGUGAAGGGCGAGCACACACAGAAUGUGCCACUGUCAGUGACACUGGCCACCAGCCCUGCCCAAUUUCCCAACAGCCCCGACAGUUCGGACAAGAUCGCCUGCUAUGGCUUCGGCAGCUGUCCACAGUUUCUGGCUGCUGCCACCAAGAGGGGAAAGAUCUGCAUCUGGGACGUCUCUAAAAUGAUGAGGGUGCACUUGAAGUUUGACAUCAAUCCAUACGACCCAGCCAUCCUGAGGCAGCUGAUUCUGUGUGGGGGGGUGGAGCAACAAAGCGAGUCUCGCAGACCAACCCUGGCCUGGCUGGAGGAGUCCUCCACCUACUCAGACCUGCCCAAGCUAGAGGGAGACAGUGAUGACCAGUUGGAGGAUUCAGACAGCGAUGAGCAUUCCCGAUCAGAGUCAUUAACCGGCCAGCAGUCCCAGUGGGAGAGCAUGGAUGUGAGCCUGGGGGUGACGUCGCUGAGUUUGCUGCAGCAGCCGGAGAAGCUCCAGUGGGAGGUGGUGGCCAGUGUGCUGGAGGACACGGUUAAGGACCUGGAGGAAUUGGGUGCCAACCCCUCACUAAACCAAGCCAAGGCCCACAGCCAGGCCAAAGCAAAGGACAAGGUGGCUGACUACCACAACAUUCCCUUCCCCUGCCUGCUGGCCGGAGGCCUGCUCAGCUACCGCCCAGCAUCCUGCACCCCCAUGGCUGGACCCCCGCCCACAGCCCCAGCUUCAACUCGCAGGACCACAGAUGGUCCACUAAGGACUCACGGCCCUGAGCCCUUUCACCCUGGGCCUCUCCAGGACCCUAUGGAGAUAGAGACCUGUAACCCCCAGAUUGCGGCCCAGGAGCAGGGCUUCUCUAACCUCGUAGGUUCCCAACCUCCCAGCCCCUCCUCUCUGCCGGCUGUUCGCAGGACUAUACCUGUGCUGCUGCUGUACAGCAUCAGAGAGGUGGACGACAAGUCCUCAGGGCAGGUGUUUGCUCAAAUGAACAAUCUAAUGAGCAAGGGGCUCCACGAGGAGGGCUUCACUGUGCCACAGAUUAUAGAGAUGGAGUUUGACACACACGAGCAGCUUCUUCUUCAGGAUCCUCCCAUCACUUACAUUCAGCAGUUUGCUGAUGCAGCAACUAAUCUUGCAGGGUUGGAUGGUCACAUGGACAAAUGGAGCACGCUGGCUGCAGCUACGGCCUCCGCCCCCCCUCGGCCAGGAGCACUUGUGCAGUGCUUGAGGCUUCCCAAACAGCUGGAAGAGGAGAACCUUUAUGUGGACUCGAUCACGCCCUGCUGGGACGGUGUGCACCUCCUGGUGGGCCUGCAGCCAUGUGGCACCGAGUCUCUGAGUGCUACAAACCAGGUGGAGGCUCUCAACAACCUGAACCGCCUGCACUCUGCACUCUGCAGCCAGCGCAAAGGAGACAGUCUACACUCAGUGGCCAAUGGGGUGGAAGGCCACCACUCAGGGGGCUCACCGCCUCAGACGCCCCUCAUUCUCCCCCCAGGAGACCAGCCGCAGCAGCAACAGAGGUCCCCAAGUAGUGGGAACGGCGGCUAUCUUGCACUCUACAAGCUCAACUACUCCACCCGGAUCGUCACCUUGGAUGAGGAACCGGUGAAGGUGCAGCAGAUCUGGGACCCUUGUGAUGCCAUCACCUCCCUCAUACUGCUGCCUCCUGAUGUGCUCGACAGCAGGGAGGACGACAAUGAAGAGGCUCCUGAGGAGGCUCUGGCCUCAGGGUCCAAAAAGGGCUCCUCUGGGUUUGGAAUGGCCCCUGCAGGCUCUGGUGGCUCUGCUGGUACUGGGACUGCAUGUGGUGCAGCGACAACCAGCAGCACUGUCACCGGCCCCUCCACCUCUGGCAUGAGCCACAAAGAGUGCAAGCGGGUGGAGGUGGCGGGCCUGGGCCACCUGGUGGUGACCACACGGGCUGGAUAUAUAAUGAUACUGGACCUGUCUACGUUGGAGGUCCUGGCCAAGGUGGAGCCGCCUAAGAAGGAGGGGUCUGCAGAGGAGACGGACCCCUUUGUCUCAGUGACCUAUUGCUCGGGGACUGACCGCCUUUGUGCCUGCACCAAAGGUGGAGAACUUCAUUUCCUUCAAAUUGGAGGUGUGUGUGACGAUCUAGAUGAUGGAGACAUGUUUAUUGAUGGCCCCCUUUCUAAAGGGGCUGAACUGCUGCUUGAGGGGGCCAAGCCCUCCUCCAACCCCUCUAGCCCUGGAAUAACAGGAGUGGACCUCCUUGUUGACCAGCCGCUGUCCACGGAGAGCCUGAUGUCACUGGUGGAGCUGACACGCUUCGAGACGUUGAUCCCCCGCUUCUCAGCCACUGUGCCGCCAUGUUGGUCGGAGGUGCAGCAAGAGCAGCAGCAGCGGCGCCACCCCCAGCACCUCCACCAGCAGCACCACGGAGACGCAGCCCAACACACACGCACCUGGAAGCUUCAGAGCGACAGCUCCAGCUGGGACGAGCAUGUGUUUGAGCUGGUGCUGCCCAAGUCCUGCAUGGUGGGUCACGUGGACUUCAAGUUUCUCCUGAAUGCCAACAUCAUCAACAUUCCUCAGAUCCAGGUCACCUUACUGAAGAACAAAGCACCCGGGCUGGGCAAAGUCAGCGAGACGGCGGUGGACAGACAGAUCUCCUUCCCCCUCUCCAGCGUCCUCCACGCUAACGGCGAGAGGAACGGACAGCCUCUGCUGCAUGACUUCACAGAGGACAUCCAGUUCAUGGACAUUGAGGAGACAUCAGGUUCCAUGCUGUGUCCAUUCCUGGAGGACCACAAGGAGGACAUCCUGUGUGGUCCAGUGUGGCUGGCCAGUGGGCUGGACCUCUCUGGCCAUGCAGGCAUGCUCAGUCUCACCAGCCCCAAGCUGGUCAAAGGCAUGGCGGGAGGCAAGUACCGCUCCUUCCUGGUUCACAUUAAAGCGGUGAGUGACCGGGGCAUGGAGGAGAGCCCCCGACCCGUGGUGAGGAUGCCCUGUGCCAAGCCCCAGGGCACCAAAGCGCACUCGCUGUCCACCCUGCUGCAGCGGGCUCAGGCCUCCAAGGAGAAGGUGUCUGCAGUGAAAAGCGAGAGCUCAGCGCCCUCGAAGAAAGUGGAAAACAUGCGAGGCUGUGACCUGCUGCAGGAAGUCUCAGUCACAAUCAGAAAGUUUAAAAAGACGUCAAUGCCCAAAGAAAGGGUCCAACGCUGUGCUAUGCUGCAGUUCCCAGACUUCCACGAGAAGCUGCUGGACGCGCUGUGUCGACGCACAGAAGUCAGCCCAGCCAAUGAGCACGCUCAGAGCCUCAUCCUCGACAUCCUGUGCUGGCUGGCUGGGGUGUUCUCUAACGGACCUUGCAGUUUAAGAGAAGGAAAAGAGGGCCUGCUGGCAAAAUCCCGGACGCGGCUAACGGAUAUUGUACGGAUGUGUUUCUUCGAAGCUGGCCGGAGCAUAGCGCACAAAUGUGCCCGCUUUCUUGCACUUUGUAUAAGCAAUGGGAAAGGUGACCAAAGUCAGCAGGGUUUUGGAGUCAGUCUUCUGAAGGCAAUGCUAGACAAUAUGCCUUAUCUGCCUGCAUCAGCUACUGGUGGAUCCGUGUUCUGGUACUUCGUGCUGCUGAACUACGUGAAGGAGGAGGACCUGGCAGGCUGCAGCACCGCCUGCGCCUCUCUGCUCACCACCAUCUCUCGACAGCUGCAGGACCGCCUCACCCCCCUGGAGGCUCUGCUGCAGACCAGGUACGGCCUGUACAGCUCUCCCUUCGACCCGGUGCUGUUUGACCUGGAGGUCAGCGGCUCCUCCUGUAGGAACGCCUUCAACAGCAGCAUCGGAGUCCAGUCAGAUGAGAUCGACCUCUCUGACAUCCUGUCAGGUAUCAGCUUUUCACACGGGAAUGGAAAGGUGAGCAGCUGUUCAGCAGCAGAAGGCAGCUUCACAGCACUAACAGGACUCCUGGAGGUGGAGCCUUUGCACUUUAGUUGUAUCUCUACUAGUGACGGCACACGGGUGGAGCGAGACGACGCCAGCCUGUUCACCGUGAGUACGUUUGGCGUGACGCCUGCGGUGGGAGGCCUGUCGUCAGGAACGGUUGGAGAAGCUUCUACAGCGCUGAGCUCUGCAGCACAGGUGGCGCUACAGUCACUGUCCCACGCCAUGGUGUCAGCGGAGCAGCAGCUGCAGGUGCUGCAGGAGAAACAGCAGCAGCUGCUCAAGCUGCAGCAGCAGGUACACACGCACGCGCAUAAGGCCAAGCUGGAGGCCAAGCUGCAUCAGACCACUUCUGCAGCCGCCUCUGCCUCCGGCGUGGGGACCAUCCACAACUCUGUGCCUUCCAACCCCUCCUCUGCCCCGGGCUUCUUCAUCCACCCCUCUGAUGUCAUCCCGCCCACACCAAAAACAACUCCCCUCUUCAUGACCCCUCCUCUCACGCCGCCCAACGAGGCGGUGUCAGCGGCCUUCAGCGCUGAACUGGCUCAUCUGUUCCCCGGUUCCAUGAUGGACCCCGGGCCCAUCAACCUGGCCGCGCACAAGAACACACAGAAAGCCAAGCCGCAGAGCCCCAUGGGAAGUGGUCUGGCUCUGGCCAUCUCCCAGGCAUCUCACUUCCUGCAGCCUCCUCCACACCAGUCCAUCAUCAUAGAGAGGAUGCACUCUGGUAUGUCGUGGAUAAGUGGAGCUCGUCGCUUUGUGACGCUGGACUUUGGUCGUCCGGUGCUGCUGACUGACGCUCUGAUCCCGACCUGCGCCGACCUGGCCUCUCUGUCCAUCGACAUCUGGACUCUGGGAGAGGAGGUGGACGGGCGCAGGCUGGUGGUGGCCACCGACAUCAGCACCCACUCCCUCAUUCUGCACGACCUGCUGCCCCCACCUGUCUGCAGGUUCAUGAAGAUCACUGUGAUCGGGCGCUACGGCAGCACCAAUGCUCGGGCAAAGAUCCCGCUGGGCUUUUACUAUGGACACACGUACAUCCUGCCCUGGGAGAGUGAGCUGAAGUUGAUGCACGAUCCUCUGCGGGGAGAGAGCGAGGCCGCCUGUCAGCCAGAUGUUGAUCAGCAUCUGGCCAUGAUGGUGGCGCUGCAGGAGGACAUCCAGUGCAGAUACAACCUAGCUUGCCAUCGGCUGGAGACGCUUCUGCAGAACAUCGACCUGCCGCCUCUCAACAGUGCUAACAAUGCUCAGUACUUCUUACGGAAGCCAGACAAGGUGGUGGAGGAGGACCAGCGUGUGUUCUCCGCCUACCAGGACUGCAUCCAGCUGCAGCUGCAGCUCAACCUGGCUCACCACGCAGUGCAGCGGCUGCGCGUCUCCCUGGGGGCCAGCCGCAGGUCGCUCCCCACAGCCGGGGCCCCGGAGGUCCAGGAGCUGGUCCACAACUCCUCCACAGAGCAGCUGAGGACCAUCAUCCGCUACCUGCUGGACACACUGCUCAGCCUGCUGCACUCCAACAACGGCCACUCUGUGCCCUCAGUGCUGCAGAGUACCUUCCAUGCCCAGGCCUGUGAGGAGCUCUUCAAACACCUCUGCAUCAGUGGGACGCCUAAGAUCCGUCUCCACGCCGGCCUGCUGCUGGUUCAGCUGUGUGGAGGAGAGCGCUGGUGGGGCCAGUUCCUCUCCAACGUCCUGCAGGAGCUCUACAACUCUGAGCAGCUGCUCAUCUUCCCUCAGGACAGGGUGUUCAUGCUGCUGUCCUGCAUUGGCCAGAGAUCCCUGAGUAACAGUGGAGUGUUGGAGGGGCUCCUGAACCUGCUGGACAGCCUGCUGUCUCCCCUGCAGCAGCCACAGGCCUCCGCCCAGCGCAGGACCGAGGGUGUUUUGGAUAUCCCCAUGAUCAGCUGGGUAGUGAUGUUGGUCUCCAGACUGCUGGACUAUGUAGCCAGUAUAGAAGAUGAGGCUGCAGGGGGUAAGAAGCACCUUGGAGGGAAAGAACGGGAGAGAUCUUUUACAGGUAUUCAGUGGAGCUUCAUCAACAACAGCCUUCAGUCUCAGAACUCCGGCAGGGCAGCUAAAGGCAACAGCAGCCUGGACCGACUUUACUCGCGCAAGAUCCGCAAACAGCUCGUCCACCACAAGCAGCAGUUAAAUCUAUUGAAAGCAAAACAGAAGGCUUUGGUGGAGCAGAUUGAGAAGGAGAAGAUCCAGAGCAACAAAGGCUCCUCCUACAAACUGCUGGUGGAACAGGCCAAGCUCAAACAGGCCACAUCCAAGCACUUUAAAGACCUGAUCCGUCUGCGGCGAACGGCCGAGUGGCCCCGCUCCACGUUGGACACGGAGUCCAGCACAGCCAAAGAAGCCCCAGAAGUAGAGCCCCUGCCCUUCACCCUGUCCCAUGAGCGCUGCAUCUCUGUGGUGCAGAAGCUGGCCCUCUUCCUCCUCUCCAUGGACUUCACCUGCCACGCCGACUUGCUGCUGUUUGUCUGCAAGGUCCUUGCUAGAAUAGCCAAUGCCACAAGACCCACGAUCCACCUGUGUGAGGUGGUGUCUGAGCAGCAGCUGGAGCGCCUGCUGCUCCUGCUUGUGGGAACAGACUUCAACCGGGGGGACAUCUCCUGGGGGGGCGCCUGGGCGCAGUAUUCCCUCACAUGCAUGCUACAGGACAUCCUAGCAGGUGAGUUGCUGUCUCCGGGCUCUCUGGAUGGCAUGGAUGAUGGUGCAUGCGGUGAAGAGGCCGGGGCCUCUUCCUCCUCAGCGGGGGCGGAUUCGGACGACUGCCUCCCCCAGCCGGCCCCCAUCCCCCUGGUAGAGAGCAUUGAUGAGGCCCUGGUGCCUGAUAUCAUUGCAGGUACUACGGGGGCAUCCUCAAUAUUCCAAAGUGCUCCACCGCUGUCCUCUUUGGAAAAAGAUAAAGACAUAGACUUUGACUUGCUACAAGACCUGAUGGAUGUUGAUAUUGAUCCUUUAGAUAUUGAUUUGGAAAAAGAUCCACUCGCGGCCAAGGUGUUUAAGCCUAUAAGCAGCACCUGGUAUGACUACUGGGGCGCUGACUAUGGCACGUACGGGUACAACCCGUACAUCGGGGGGGUCGGUAUCCCAGUGUCCAAGCCUCCAGUCGCUGUUGAGAAGCCGGGGUCACAGAGUCUGUCAGUGUCCGUGUCGCAGGCACUGGAUGCCCGGCUAGAGGUGGGCCUAGAGCAGCAGGCUGAACUGAUGCUCAAAAUGAUGGCAACUCUACAGGCCGACUCUAUUCUACAGGCCCUCUCCUCCAGCUCCUCCACAGUGAGCCAGGCCUCCAAUGGGACUGAUGACUCCCUGCUGAGGGCCCUGCAUGGGGGGGGGUCUCCUCCAGCUAGCUGCCUGAUGAUCCAGCUCUCGUCCAUCCCCAUGUUGAGCGGCUGCUUCAACAAGCUCUUCUCCAUGCUGCAGGUCCACCAUGUACAGUUGGAGUCCCUGCUGCAGCUGUGGUUAACACUCAGUCUCAACACAUGUUCCACUGGCACUGAAGAGAGCGGAUCAGACAUCUUCAUGUUCAACGCCAGCCGAGUGCCCACCAUCCCACUCAACCAGGCAUCCAUUAGCAGUUUCCUGACAGUGCUGGCGUGGUACCCCAACACCUCCCUGAGAACGUGGUGUCUGGUGCUGCACUCUCUCACCCUGAUGACUAACAUGCCAGCCUGCGGCUCCAGCAGUGGGAUGAGCUCUCAGGAAAGCACCGCCCAGCAGAUGGUGUCUGACCCCACCCUGGUUCAUGUCCUUGUGCGCUUCCUGUCUGGCAGCAGCACCAACGGGACGAGCCAGCACAGCUCUCAGGUGGGACCCACCGCCACCCAGGCCAUGCACGAGUUCCUGAGCCGCCUGCAGGUCCACCUGUCCUCCACCAGCCCGCAGAUGUUCAGCGAGUUCCUGCUCAAACUCAUGCACAUCCUGUCUACAGAGAGGGGUCCGUUCCAGGCCGGCCAGGGUCCACUGGACGCCCAGGUGAAGCUGCUGGAGUUUACUCUCGAACAAAACUUUGAGGUGGUGUCAGUAGCUACAAUCUCCUCUGUCAUUGAGUCCAUCACAUUCCUGGUCCACCACUACAUCACCUGCGCAGACAAACUGGUGUCCCGCAGCGGCUCCGACAGCUCUGUGGGGGCUCGGGCUUGUUUUGGUGGUUUGUUUGCCAACAUCAUCCGGCCAGGAGACGCCAAGGCUGUGUGCGGAGAGACGACACGAGACCAGCUGAUGUUCGACCUCCUCAAGCUGGUCAACGUGCUGGUGCAGCUGCCUCUGUCCGGGGACAGAGAGUUCAGUGGACGACUGCCGCCGACCGGCAGCGAGGCGGCUGACAGCAGCGUGUCGGACGAGGAGAAGGUCUGUGGCAGCAAAGAGAGUGUGGCUGGUGGCUCAGCGUUCAGCCAGGGGCCCCCUGCAGGGGUGGCCGACCUGGUGCUAGCCAAUCAGCAGAUCAUGAGCCAGAUCCUGUCCGCACUGGGCCAGUGCAACAGCAGCGCCAUGGCCAUGAUCAUAGGAGCCAGCGGCCUCCACCUGACCAAACAUGAGAACUUUCACGGUGGCCUCGACGCUAUCUCUGUGGGUGACGGCCUCUUCACCAUCCUCACCACCCUCAGCAAGAGGGCCACCUCAGUGCAGGUCAUGUUGCAGCCCAUCCUCACUUACAUGGCCUGUGGAUACAUGGGCAGACAGGGGUCUCUCUCCACCUGUCAGCUGUCGGAACCUCUCUUGUGGUUCAUCCUCCGAGUGUUGGAUACCAGCGAGGCUCUCAAGGCCUUCCAUGACAUGGGUGGUGUGCAGUUGAUCUGUAACAACAUGGUGACCAGCACCCGGGCCAUUGUGAACACAGCACGCAGCAUGGUGUCCACCAUCAUGAAGUUCUUAGACUCAGGUCCUGGGAAGUCAGCGGACGGCAACCUCAAAGCCAGAGUGAUGACAUCAGAGCCGGACAACGCUGAGGGACUCCACAACUUUGCUCCCUUGGGCACCAUCACAUCCAGCAGCCCCACAGCACAGCCAGCAGAGGUCCUCCUCCAAGCCACGCCCCCCCACCGACGAGCCCGCUCGGCAGCCUGGUCCUACAUCUUCCUGCCGGAGGAGGCUUGGUGUGACCUCACCAUCCACCUUCCUGCUGCUGUGUUGCUGAAAGAGCUCCACAUCCAGCCACACCUUGCCUCUCUGGCCACCUGCCCGUCAUCUGUCUCCGUGGAGAUCAGUGCUGAUGGGGUCAACAUGUUGCCGCUCUCCACGCCAGUGAUCACCAGCGGCCUGACCUACAUAAAGAUCCAGCUGGUGAAGGCGGAGGUUGCAUCUGCGGUUUGCCUGAGGCUGCACCGGCCUCGUGAUGCCAGCACGCUGGGUCUGUCUCAGAUCAAACUGCUGGGCCUGACGGCGUUCGGCAACACCUCCUCUGCAACCGUCAACAACCCCUUCCUUCCUUCUGAGGACCAGGUGUCUAAAACCAGCAUCGGGUGGCUGCGCCUUCUCCACCACUGCCUGACCCACGUCAGUGACCUGGAGGCCAUGAUGGCCAGUGCUGCAGCCCCCACCGCCAACCUGCUUCAGACCUGCGCCGCGCUGCUCAUGUCGCCUUACUGCGGCAUGCACUCUCCCAACAUCGAGGCUGUGCUGGUCAAGAUCGGCCUGCAGUCCACACGCAUUGGACUGAAGCUCAUCGACAUCAUGCUGAGGAACUGUGCCGCAUCCGGCACCGACCAUGCCAAUUUAAACAGUCCCCUGCUGUUUGGGCGACUGAAUGGCCUCUCGUCAGAUUCCACCAUUGACAUUCUCUACCAGCUGGGCACCACACAGGACUCUGGAACCAAAGACAGGAUCCAGGCUCUUCUGCAGUGGGUCCAUGACUCUUCUCGGGUGGCGGCCCACAAGAUGAGUAGCCCGAUGGGGUACACUGGCGCCGCUGCGGUCCCUUCCUCUUCUUCAUCCAGAGAGUAUGGUCUUCUCAUGCCGUCACCCUCCCACCUGCACUGUGUGGCAGCCAUCCUGUGGCACAGCUACGAGCUGCCGGUUGACUACGACCUGCCUGCACUGCUCAACAGAGAGCUCUUUGAGCUGCUGUUUAACUGGUCCAUGUCGUUGCCGUGCAACAUCGUGCUGAAGAAGGCAGUGGACAGCCUGCUGUGCUCCAUGUGUCACAUCCACCCCAGCUACUUCUCCCUGCUCAUGUCCUGGAUGGGGAUCGUCCCGGUGCCCAGCGCCAGUCACUCUCAGGCCCAGCGCCACCGCCUCUCCAUGACCGACGACGGCAAGAAGCAGCACGACGCCAACACCAGCUCUGCAAGCCUCACCGACGACUCCAAGCAUGCAAGACCCCCGGUCAAUCUGUCUGAGUCCCAGCUCACCACGCUGGCCGCUGCCUCCCAGUCUCCGGGAGCCAUAGAGCAGCUGCUGGACUCAGGCUUACCCUCGCUGCUGGUCCGCAGCCUGGCCCAGUUCUGUGUGGGUCUCCUGGCCAGCGCCGACCUGCCUCUACCCGCUGCUCAGGCCGAAAGACGACACCACCAUCACCACUACCACUCAUCCUCCUCCUCAUCCUCCUCAUCCUCCUCAUCCUCACACAGUCGACCCCCUCUGGCUGCAGAACUGGUCGCUCCAGUGCUGCGUUUCCUGACUGAAGUGGGCAACAGUCACGCCAUGAAAGACUGGUUAGGAGGACCUGAGGUGAACCCGCUGUGGACGGCUCUUCUCUUCCUGCUGUGCCACUCCAGUGCCAGUGCCGGUGCCAACGCAGGCUGUCUGCCUCUGGGCUCUGCAGCUGCGGCCGGCCCCUCUGCAUCCCAGCCCCAGGCCUCAGGCUCACGGUACUCCCUGGCGUCUUCUAUGCAGGCAGGAGGGCUGACCACACAGCAGAGGACCGCUCUGGAGAACACCACCGUGGCCUUCUUUCUGCAGUGCAUCUCCUGCCACCCCAACAACCAGCGGCUCAUGGCUCAGGUUCUCUGUGAGCUCUUCCAGUCUGCACCCCAGCGAGGCAACGUGCCGAUCUCUGGAAACAUCUCAGGCUUCAUUCGAAGGCUUUUCCUGCAGCUCAUGCUGGAGGACGAGAAGGUCACAGUCUUCCUACAGUCACCUUGUCCGUUAUACAAAGGACGCAUCAAUGCCACCAGCCACAUGAUCCAGCAUCCCAUGUACGGAGCAGGACACAAGUACCGCACCCUCCAUCUGCCCAUCUCCACCACGCUGGCUGAGGUCCUGGACCGGGUGUCUGACACACCAAGCAUUACAGCCAAGCUAAUCAAUGAGCAGAAGGAGGACAAGGAGAAGAAGAACCAUGAGGAGAAGGAGAAGAUGAAAGCAGACAGCGGCUUCCAGGACAACUACAGUGUGGUCGUGGCCUCAGGCUUGAAGUCCCAGUCCAAGCGAGCUCUUUCAACCCCCCCCAGACCUCCAUCCAGGAGGGGUCGCGUGAUGAGUGACAAGUUGACUGCUUCGUCUGGAGUGGACCCCUCAGCCAAAACCAUCAGUGUGCCUGUCUUCCACCUCUACCACAAGCUGCUUCCAGGUCAGCCCCUCCCAUCUGAGAUGACUCUGGCCCAGCUCCUGACUCUCCUGUACGACCGCAAACUUCCACAGGGCUACCAGUCCAUCAACCUGACCGUCAAACUGGGCUCCAAGGUCAUCUCCGACCCGGGCCUCUCAAAAACAGACUCCUUCAAGAGGCUGCGCACGGAGAAAGGUCCUCUGUUUGCUCUGCUUGCAGUGGACCACUGUGACAUGCUGAACAGCUGUCCUGAGGAUGAGCCCAUGACGCCAGGGGACGAAGGUCUGGACGCUGCAACGGACGAGUCUCUGCUGGAGACCAAACCCAUCCAGUCCCCGCUGCAGGUCUUUGCAGGCAUGGGGGGGCUGGCCCUCAUCGCAGAGAGGCUGCCCAUGCUCUACCCUGAUGUCAUUCAGCAGGUGAGUGCCCCCGUGGUGCCCUCCGCUACGCAGGAGAAGCCCAAGGACAGCGACCAAUUUGAGUGGGUGACCAUCGAGCAGUCGGGCGAGCUGGUGUACGAGGCCCCCGAGUCCAUCGCCGCCGAGCCCCCGCCAAUCAACAAGCAGCAGACUCAGUCAUCGUCCUCAUCCUCAGCCUCAGUGCAGACCAUGUCUCCCAUCCCGGCCCACUCUCUGGCAGCGUUCGGCCUCUUCCUGCGCCUGCCAGGGUACGCAGAGGUGCUGCUGAAGGAGAGAAAGCAUGCCCAGUGCCUGCUCCGCCUGGUGCUGGGGGUCACAGACGACGGAGAGGGCAGUCACAUCCUCCAGUCUCCGUCCGCCAACGUGCUGCCCACGCUGCCGUUCCACGUGCUGCGGGCGCUGUUCAGCACCACCCCUCUGACAACUGAUGACGGAGUCCUGCUGCGCCGCAUGGCUCUGGAGAUCGGAGCAAUCCACCUCAUCCUGGCCUGUCUGUCAGCCCUCAGCCACCACGCCCCCCGCAACCCCAACGCCAACAGCAGCGUGUCCGAGCCACAGAUGUCCAGUUGUCACGGUGGUGGCACCAGUGAGGAGCAGCAGCUGUACUGGGCUAAAGGCACUGGUUUUGGUACUGGAUCCACAGCCUCAGGCUGGGACGUGGAGCAGGCUCUCACCAAACAGCGGCUGGAAGAGGAACACGUCACCUGUCUGCUGCAGGUGUUAGCAAGCUACAUCAACCCAGCCGGCUCCAGCAGCUGCCAGAGUGCGGAGGCGUGCUCCGCAGAGAGCCGAGCCUCCAACAGCUCUGCGCUGCCCGCCGUGCUGCAGGAGCUGCUCUGCCAGUCCUGCCUCAUCCCCGCCAUGUCCUCCUACCUGCGCAACGACUCAGUCCUGGAUAUGGCUCGUCAUGUGCCUCUCUAUCGGGCGCUGCUGGAGCUGCUGAGGGCCACCUCCACCUGCACCACCCUGGUCCCUCUGCUGCUGCCUCUCUCAGGAGACCCCGAGGAGGACGAGGAUGAAGAGCACUCAGAGGGACAGACCUCUGUAGGGAUGCUGCUGGCCAAGAUGAAGACAUGCGUGGACACAUACACCAAUCGUCUCAGGUCAAAGAAAGAUAAGGGUAAAGGUGUGGUGAAGACGGACACCUCAGACCCAGAGCCCGAGGGUCUCACUCUGCUGGUGCCUGACAUCCAGAGAACCGCUGAGAUUGUGUACGCUGCCACCACUAGCCUGCGGCAGGCCAACCAAGAGAGGAAGCUGGUGGAGUGUUCGAGGAAGGUGUCCAGUCGACCCAAGCCUCUGUACGUUCUGCGCUCUGUAGAGGAGAAAUACGUGGCUGCCAUGAAGAAGCUGCAGUUUGACACCUUUGAGAUGGUCUCGGAGGACGACGAUGGGAAGGUGAUGUUCAAGGUGAACUACCACUACAUGUCUCAGGUGAAGAACGCUAGCGACACCAACAGCGCCGCCCGAUCCCGCCGCCUGGCCCAGGAGGCCGUCACCCUGUCCACCUCCCUGCCCCUCUCCUCCUCCUCCAGCGUCUUUGUCCGCUGUGAUGAAGAGAGGCUGGACAUCAUGAAGGUUCUCAUCACAGGCCCAGCCGACACACCGUACGCCAACGGCUGCUUUGAGUUUGAUGUGUAUUUCCCCCAAGACUACCCCAACUCCCCCCCUCUGGUCAACCUGGAGACCACCGGGGGACACAGUGUGCGCUUUAACCCUAACCUCUACAAUGAUGGCAAAGUAUGUUUAAGUAUCCUCAACACAUGGCAUGGGAGACCAGAGGAGAAGUGGAACCCUCAGACCUCGAGCUUCUUACAGGUUCUGGUGUCGGUGCAGUCCCUCAUCCUGGUGGCUGAGCCCUACUUCAACGAGCCGGGGUAUGAGCGCUCCCGCGGGACCCCCAGUGGCACCCAGAGCUCCCGGGAGUAUGACGGCAACAUCCGGCAGGCCUCGGUCAAAUGGGCCAUGUUGGAGCAGAUGCGCAACCCCUCACCAUGCUUCAAAGAGGUGAUCCACAAACACUUCUACCUGAAGCGGGUGGAGAUCAUGUCUCAGUGUGAGGAGUGGAUCGCUGACAUCCAGCAGUACAGCAGCGACAAGAGGGUGGGCCGCACCAUGUCCCACCAUGCUGCUGCACUCAAGAGGCACACGGCUCAGCUCAGAGAGGAGCUCCUGAAGCUGCCCUGCCCCGACGGCCUGGAGCCCGACGGAGACAACUUCCCUGAACGCAGCACGGGCCUCAAAGAGCUGCCAGGCCCCCCCGACGCAGAGAAGCCGGGGGGCAGCCAGGACAGCGAGGGCCAGCUAUGAGUCCACACCCCCCCCCAUCCAUUCCCAGCAUCACGUCCCCCCCUCCUCCCUCCUCAUGAUGAUUAUUACUCUCCAAAAGACUUGAUGGCUUCAGAGCACAAGCCACCACUUUGUCAAUAUUUGUAUGUAAAGAUCUAAUAGCAGAUAGCGGGGGGGAUGUGGGAGCCGUGAGACGAACUAUGAAGUAUGCUACGCCCUUAUGAAAACAGUCGGAAAACUUUUAUUUACCUGUAAAAGAGUGUAAACAUUUUGUGCUUUUCCAAUUGUGAAAUAACCACUGAUUGGUAUGUUAUUAAACUUGUUUAUGUAUACAUAAUGGCAGAGAAGACAUGACAGAUUAUAUAAGGGAAUGGACCUUUUAGAGAAGAAUUGUUUACUGAAUGUUAAUUUCCUUUUUUCUUUUUGACUGUUAGAGCAAGAUCAGUUGUAACCAAGGGUUUGGGUCAUUCUUUAAGCAAACUAUUUAAACAUGAGAGAAAAGAGAACAGGAUGUGAUAAAAGGCCCCGCCCGCCGGUCAUCAUUGCUUCUUCUGAUUUCUCCAGGAUCAUAGCGCUUUAAUAUCGGCUGAUGGACACAUUUUAAUGCUAUGUUAUCCCUUUUACAGGCUCCAAAUUAAAAAGCACCAUUCUCUGGAUAAACGUUUUGUUGCCUCUCAGAAAUCUCCAUGAGCGUUUUGCAUCAACAUGACUGUAGAUCGUAAGACUGUCAGAGCAUCAUGGGAAAUGUAUUCUGAAGGCUUGUGCAUGUGUUUUCUGUGCGUGUGCAACAAUCCCCAGUGAGAUACAGAGCUGUGCCUUUGAUCUACACCAUCCCACCAAAUACUCCAACAGAGUACCUUUACUGAUUUCUUUGCUAUUUCUACAAAAUUAACGAUUCUGCUCCGUCUGACAAACUGCUUUGAUCUUUUUUUAUUAUGUCAAACUUCAGUGAAAACAAAUGCACUUUCUAUUUUACUCACUCCUUAGAACAGUCACAUUCUCCUUUUGCUAGGACAUUAAAUGGAGCUUGAAGUACGGA